CUGUUAUCCUUUUUUUAUUGAGAAUGUUAGAAAAAAUCGAACCAAAGAUAUUUACUCUACGUCAGUAAUUUCGGAUUUUUUCAACCGCAAGAAUGUACAAUGCUUGCUACAGUGUAUUAUAUUCAUUAAAGAAUAAAACGUAUUUAUCACCGUUUGCGAUUGUGCAAGUCAACGAUAUUCUACUGUCAACUUGUAUUUUAUUUAUAAAAUUUCAAUAAGCAAAACAAAUUUUUAGUUUAUUUACUGUUAAUACCAUAAAGUGAUAUUAAAAAUUUUUUUAAACUAAUAAAUCAUAUUUCUAUUUUAACAAUAAAACGACAGUUAAAUAAUAUACAAAAUAAAGAAACAUUAAAUUUAAAAAAUAUCAUGGAUUCUUAUGGCUGUGGAUGUAAAAAUGCUAUUAUCAUAGAGGGAAUAUUUGGAGAAAUUUAUCCUGAUAUAACAAGUUACAAAGAAGAGGCUAUGAACUAUGAGAAUGAAUCUUUCGAAUCUUUAAUCAAAGAUACUGAUCGAAGUUUAAGUGAAUUAAAGCCUAUAAGUGUUAAGUCUUAUACCAUGAUAAAUAAUAAUCGAAUGGAAGUUACUGUUAUUACAUGGGGUGCAUCUAUCGUAUCCCUCAAAUGUCCUGAUAAAUUUGGUCAUAGUACAGAUAUUGUUCUUGGUUUUGAUGAUUUAAAAAGUUACAUGAAUCCUGUACUUAAUCCAUUUAUUGGAUGUGUAUUAGGCAGAUGUGCAAAUCGUAUAAAAAAUGGUUAUUUUAGUAUUAAAGAUAAAGAUUAUGAAUUAACUAAGAAUGAUAAUAAUCAUCAUAUACAUGGAGGGACAAAUGGUUUUGGUCGACAAAUAUGGAAUUCGCAUAUUGAUGACUGUUCUGUUGUUAUGAGUUAUUUAAGUGAAGAUGGAGAAGAAGGAUAUCCUGGUGCAGUUUUAGCUACAGUAAGAUUCAAAUUAACACCUGAUAAUAAAUUGGAAAUACAUAUGCGUGCAACAACAUCUAAGACAACUAUAAUAAAUAUGUCACAUGGUUCUUUGUUUAAUCUUGCUGGACAUGAUGCUGGUGAAGUAGAAUUAAAAAAACAUAAAAUAUUGUUGAACUGUGAUCGCUGGACUUUCUCAGAUUACUCAGAUUCUAUACCAACAGGAGCUAUCAGAGGAGUAGGUGGAACAGUUAUGGAUUUUCGUAUACCAAGACUUCUGGGAGAAUAUAUGGAAAAAGUUCCUCCAGGAGAAGGUUUUGAUCACAACUUUUGUGUAACAAAAAAUUGGCAAUCUGAUAGUUCAUUCGUUGCUCGAGCAUUACAUAUGAAAUCCGGACGUGUUCUAGAGGUCUAUUCAGAUCAGCCUGGUCUUCAAUUUUAUACUGGAGGGCGUUUAUUACAACAAUUUACUCCUUCCACAUUUGUAACAUAUGAUCAUUACCUACAUCAACAAAAGUUGAAGACAAAUGAAGAUAUUAACAAUUACUUGAACAUGAAUGAAGAAAGUAAAGAGAAUGGAGAGGAAUUGUUAACACCUGAUGUAAGACCACUACAGUUUCUUACAGGAAAAAGAGGAGCACAUUAUAAAAAAAAUUGUGCUUUUAGCAUUCAACCUCAGAAUUAUCCAAAUGCUAUUAAUUAUGCACAUUUUCCAUGUGCAAUUUUGUAUCCAGGUCAAGUCUAUUGUCAUGAUCUCACAUAUAAAUUUGGAGUACAACUUGCUAAUUAUAUGUAAAGAUAUAGAAAUAUAUAACACACAAAAAAAGACAUAAACAAUAUUAAAAUAGCAAAAAAUUUAGCUACUGCACCUAUUGUAUUUCCAAAUGAAUGACUGACUGUUAAUGAGCGCUGAAUCCAUCGAGGUAGUGCCUGCAUCUUGUAACGGAAUUUUCAUAAAAGUUCUGUCCGGCAUCUGAUCUCUAUUUAAAAAUAUUUUUUAAAGAACGAUAACGUGUUCAAAAAUUCUGUUUGAAUAUAUUUAAAAAUGAACUUUGAAAUGAAAAUUAAUACAUACAACAUUUUCAUUUAAAUAUUUGAUCUUUUCUUGUAAUUCGAUCGAUUUAAUAUUAGGAUAUGGCAUUCCAAUAACAAUAAUACAUCU